CCGAAACCAACAACGGCCCUAGACCAAUGCCCCAGAUUUUGCAUCAGCCAUAAUCAAUUACCUUCGCCACCCCCCGGCCCAUCCCAUUUGCAUACCUGCUACAGCCCACGUCUUCGCUUUCGACUCCGGCUUCCACACAACCAUGAUUCUGCCCAUCUAGGGCCCAGUAUUGUGGCAAUCUCAAAGGAAAAUCAAGUGGGACUUGAAUGCAACAGAGAAGUGCAAGCCGCCAUCGGGUGCAAGAGCUUCCGCAUACAACAGUUAAGCCACCAUUAGUUCGGCGUUUUCACAAUGUUCGCCCCUUUUCUCGACACCGGAUCUGGAGACACUUGGACCAUUGGACCAUUGGACCACCUCGUGCCAGAAGACCAAGGUUAUGAAUGAAUGAACUGGACGGGCAGGUGGGUUGAAACCAAGUUUGUUUUUAUUCGCCUGCCCCUGGCAAUUUUUUGGACAGCCUGCGAUUCAUAGGCCCAUCCCUGAGUCGAUACGGGUUCCCGUGCAACGGAGUCCAAGAUAGAUGGGCCGUGGAUCCUAACCUUCCAUUGAUUUAUGCGUUGUCAGCCAUGUCGCUGCCAUCGAUACUCCCCCUCCCCUCAAGUCUGCCGCCAGUAGCGCAC